UGCUAUUGCUAUUGCAAACACAGCUGCUCAGGAUCUGCAGAGUGAUAUGUCAUGUGAUUUUAAGGCUAUCCAAAGAACACAUUUCAUAGGAAAGUAGAGAAGAAGUUGUAAAAAAAAAAAAGCUACAGCAUUUAAAUAUACAGUAUAGAAAAAGUAGAUUUGACCAAAUUGGAGUCUCAUGUUUAGAUGAUUGUACCAAUUUUCCUACCGACUCAAACAGAAUGUUGAUCUGUCCCAAUGGAUGUUGGGGGCUCUGCUAAUCUUUUUCCAUAGGGAAGUUAGGGCAUGUUUUAAUAUAAGCCUUCUCUGGAUUCUUUUUCAGAUCAGCUCUCCUUCACGCUGGCUACCAAGUGUCGCUUUCUCAUGCCUGUAAGAAUGCUAUCAAAACAGAUGCACCAUCAUCUGUGCUUUGGGACAUUAUGCGCUGCUGGGAGCGGCUCAACCCUGUGAAACGAGAGCGUCUUUCAGAGCACAGCCCGGCUGCUCACAUCCUUUCCAUGGAACCCAAGUUGCAGGCAUCCUUUACCGUCCGAGCAGAUGCUAAUCCUAAAUCACGAAAACAGAAACUCCGGCGGUUCCAGAUGAAUCCAGAGCCCUUCUGGGGGCCCAAAGCAAGAGCAAAAGCCGGGGGUGGGAUUUCCUCUUGUCUGCAGGAAAAGAGAAAGUUACAUCAGAACAAGAGGAAAGUGUGUGCAGAAGGGAAUGACGAUUCUCACCUAAAAAACUUUCCAUGCAAAAGGUUCCGACAGGGUGACUGUACCUUAGGGGACAAAUGCUGCUACUCUCACGAGACACAGAAAGAGUGAAGCACCAUAACAGUAGUGCGACAUGAGUCCUGAAUGCCUGGUGGGAUUUUUAUUUUUGCAUUUAUAGGCAAUCUUUAUAUUUUAAUGACUGUCAAAAUGUGCAUGCAAAUUAAAUACGAUUCUCUUUUGA